AUGAUGGACGCUAAACUCCAGGAGCAGGGGUUCUUUGCUUCCCAGCACUGCGUCAACUGCGGCCAUGAGCUCGACUACAAGCCGGACAUGGUUGGGUUUCCUGCCGGUGUCAAGUUCGAUCCGACGGACCAGGAGCUGAUUGAGCACCUUGAGUCCAAGGUGAUGAAGAGAGCUCACUCCCUCAUCGAUGACUUCAUACCCACCAUUGAGGGAGAAGAUGGCAUUUGCUACACCCAUCCAGAGAAACUCCCAGGUGUGACAAGAAAUGGCCAGAGCAAACACUUUUUCCACAGACCAUCAAAGGCCUACACCACAGGCACGAGGAAGAGGAGAAAGAUCCACGCAGAGAAUGAGCUGUCCAACAGUAAAAAUGGUGCUGAGACACGGUGGCACAAGACUGGCAAGACACGGCCGCUGAUGGUGGACGGACGGCACAAGGGGUGCAAGAAGAUCCUAGUGUUGUACAGCAACUUUGGCAAGGCACGAAAGCCAGAGAAGACUAAUUGGGUGAUGCACCAGUACCACCUCGGCGACCUAGAGGACGAGAAGGAAGGGGAGUUGAUCGUGUCGAAGGUCUUCUAUCAGACACAGCCACGGCAGAGUGCCGCUGCCACGACAUCGACAGUAUUGCAUGAGCCUUCGACUAACGGGGAUAUGGAGGUAAAGACGCCAAAGUCAAUGAAGAUUGGUCUCGCUGAUUAUGCGGUUGUCGCCGCGGCUGCCAUCCAGAUGCAGCGACAGCAGCAGCAAAUGCUGAAGCAAGGUGAUGAGAUGAACAAGGGAAAUGAGGUGCAGGACCAACAGCAGCAGAAAUUUGACCACAGGCCUGCUGGCUUGGAAGGACCAAUAAUGGCCUGCAAAUCAGCAAGUACAAAAGAGAGAAAUUGUAUCACAAUGUCCAAAGGACCAACAUCCCAUUUUAUUUAUAAACAAAAGAAGUUAGUAUUCAUUGCCACAACAAUAUGA